GGUGGCUAACCUAAUAGCUGUCAUCAACUCAUCAGCUAGUUUUAAUGACAAGUAUUACUCAAUCACAACAAAAUAGUUAAUUUAUUUCCAAAAUUUUGAAUAAGAAUAAGAACUUUUUAUCCUUCUACCCAAUUUUAUUUUUUAUAAACUAGUUACAUAUUUUCCAAACAGUAUCUCAUAUUAAUAAUAUCGUUUUUAACUUGUCAGUCAGGAUUAUUAAACAGUUUUAUAUUUAGUAUCUAAAAGAUAAGUUAAAUAAUGUCUAACGAUGUUCAAAUAUUACCUGGUUGUGUACCAGUACCAUUUCCUGAAGACGAACUCAAAGGAAUUGUUACUAAAGCAAAAGAAUGGACCAUAAUGCAUGGCAUUUCUAUGAGAUCCAAGACGAAUUAUAAUGAAGAUACAGUGCAAAUAUCUCCAUUUAUUUUAUUUCCUUCAGGAUUCCCACGAAAUGAAUUUAACAAAGUAGUAAAUCUACAAAGUAUUUUACAAGAACUUUUACACAAUAUAACCAACAAUGAUGCAUUUAUUAAACAGUGUUUUAAAGAUGUUAUAGAAGCAGAUGAUUUUACUGCACGAUUAUACAAGAUUUAUGAAACUGUUGAAGCAGAAGGUCGCGCACAGAAAAUCAGCAUGUUACAUCUACGUUCAGAUUAUUUAAUGCAUAGUUUAUCCAACAACAAUUUGAAGCAAGUUGAAUUCAACACUAUUGCCGCAAGUUUUGGAAGUUUAUCAACUAUAUUAACUCAGUAUGAUAAAUAUAUUUUGGAAGAACUAGGAUAUUAUGAUAAAGUAAAAAAUCUUCCUGAAAACAACGCACUUACCAAUUUAGCUCAAGGUUUCAUAGAUGCUUGGAAAAUGUAUGCUAAUCCAAAUGCAGCUGUAUUAUUUCUUGUCAUGGAUAUAACUCACAAUAUAACUGAUCAAAGAUUAGUUGAAUUUGAAAUAAAGCGACUAAGUCCACAAACAAAAGUAGUUAGAAGGACGUUUGGUGAUAUAAGUACAAAAGGAUGUCUGAGUGAUACAAAAGAAUUAAUUGUAGAUAAUACUGUUAUAGCUGUAGUAUACUUUAGAGAAGGUUACGCUCCUAACCAUUACCCAACAGAAAGUGAGUGGGAUGCCAGACUGAUGAUCGAACGAUCGAUGGCCAUAAAAUGCCCGGAUGUAAAAUAUCAUCUAAUCGGUCAAAAGAAACUUCAACAAGAGUUAACAAAACCAGGAGUCUUAGAAUUAUUUUUAACGGAGACGAAGAAAGUUCAAGCAGUAAGAGAAGUAUUUGUUAACAUACACGGUCUUGAAUUUGAUGAAGCUGGAGAAAGAACUGUUCAGUUAGCUCUAGAGCACUCUGAGAAGUAUGUAUUAAAACCGCAAAGGGAAGGUGGUGGUUAUAAUUACUACGACAAUGAUAUCAAAGAACUUCUGCUUAAAAUUAAAGACACUAAAGAACGAACUGGUUAUAUACUUAUGGAAAGAAUAUUUCCGCCUUUAUCUUCAGGAUAUAUGAUCUUACCAGGAGCUCCCAAUCCACCGCCUUUGGUUAACCUCGUGUCUGAAAUCGGUAUUUAUGGGGUUCUAAUAUGUACCCCUAAUCAAAUUCUUAUUAAUAAACAAACUGGCCACAUGAUCAGGAGUAAAGCAUCUACAUCCAAUGAAGGAGGUGUUCUCGCAGGAGCAGGAGCACUAGAUUGUCCUUACUUAAUUGAUUAAAACAACAAUCUUAACAAAAAUUUUAUGUAAACAUUAGUUUUUCUUUGACCAUAAAGAAAGUCUGUAGGCAUCCGAUGAUAUAUUAAGGAUAAAAUCAUUGUCUUUAGUUUGUUUUGUUUUUUUUUUCAUUCUGAUAACACAAACUGUAAAGAAUACAUUUUAUAUAACUUAUAUUUGAAGUUAAAAAGUAUUUGAAGUGUUGAAGAGUUGCAUUUUUUUAAGUAUAUAAGGUGUACUAAUUUUUGAAUAUAUUUUAAUGAAUAGUGUAUUGAAUUCAACAAUUUCAUUCAACAUAUAUAUAUAUAUAUAUAUAUAUAUAUAUAUAUAUAUAUAUAUAUAUACAUUCGUAUAUUCGUAUGAACUUUACACAUUUCUAAACAUUAUACAAAAAAUUACACUAUAUUAUAUUAAAAUAGGUGGCAUUCCAUUGCUCCAGGAGUUAGUUCUUGGAUUUAACUACCUUGGAAUCGUAAGGCUGGACAUUCUUGGAUGAUGUGGUGGACUGUUUGUUAAGCGAUUUAUUGUAUACUCUAUGACCUACUUUAAUUUGGUUCAGAUUAUACCAUUCGGCUCGAAAAAUAAACCGUUGGGUUUGACGGUGGGAUUUUCUAUUGGGUGUACGUUGUUAGCUUCUUAGUUACAGUCACCUAUCCAAUGCUCAUCGAUCGUGAAAUUGUUUGGAAGAUUGUGAGCUGUUCUUGUUCACGGGUUUCGUGAUCUCAGGCUCAAUUGGCCUGGUUUGGCUGAUAGAUGUUGGUAUUUAUUGGUAGUGAUGGAUUUUUUGACAUUUCUUCACUCUGACUAAUGUCAGAGCACUUGUUCUGAUUGUGUCUGAAGUGGCUCCUAAAGUAGUGUUUGCAAGCUAGUGAAUGAUAUUGCGAGUUUUAACUUUCGCUGCAGUUUUAUGUAAGAGUGGCUUGAAAAUUGGAAUGCAAUCUAGUAUUACACCUAGAUAUUUUGAGUUUGGAUUAUUUUUUACUAUAAUGCCUUCGCUUUCUUUGUUCAGUCUGUGGUGUGCUUCGCGGGCAUUUAAAUGGAAGGCCAUAACUUCUGUCUUUGCAGGAUUGGGUUGAAGACCCCCUUUUUUUUAAAUAUAUGUUAAUAAUAUUUAGGUGGCCUUCUUGAAUAGCUUGGGCGUUCUCCAUGUUUCUUUCUUGCAUACUCAAAGCCUGAAGUGUAUCUUAUCUAAUCUAUCGCACUGCAUUUGAUUUACUAUGGGGUACAAUUUAAGUAGUAGGCCUUCCAUUCUGUAUCGUAAGCGCAAGUCAGAUCAAUGAGAGCAACUGCCGUUUCGGAAAACUAGGAGCCACUUCGGAGUUUUUGGACCAGUGUGUUUUAUGAAUUCGGAAAAUAUUUUGUCAACUGCUGCAGCUUUAGACACUUAAUCCAAAUCUAAUUAGUCUAGUGCAUUAAAAAUUCCUCGGUCUCGAUUUACCUCAUGAUUGGCAGACUUUACUGACGUGCAGUUUUGAUAUAUUUGAGCUGAUAUCGUACUUUUCUUUUAUGAACGUUUCAAUGAUUGGGGAGCCGAGCAAUGCGUUUCGCUGUAUCUUCUGUGAUGAAGAGUUAGUUAUUUAAAUGUUAGGGCCUGUUUUCAGUUUUCUGAGUAGGUUCCAGGCAGGCCGACUGCUAAGCGUGAAGUCAAGGUUUUCGAGCGUUUGCCUUCACCUGGUGGUUCUCACAGAAUUCAGAGAUUCUAGAAGUUUUUGUGCUGUGCUCGGAUUAUCGAACACUGAGCCUCAUGAGUCAUACUUUAAAAGUUCUGCUAAAAAUAAUACAUAAGAGAAUAUACGAAAGGCUAGAGGAGGAUAUUAGCGAGACGCAGUUCGGGUUCCGAAAUGAAAUGGGUACUCGAGAAGGACUAUUUGCCAACAACAUAUUAAUUCAGCGAUGUCGGGAUGUAAAUGUUGAUCUACACUUGUGCUUCGUUGACUAUGAAAAAGCUUUCGAUAAAGUAAGACAUGAAAAACUAAUAUCAAUACUCAUGAACAAGCGCAUUGACAGUAAAAUCAUAAAUAUAGUGCAAACAUUAUAUUGGAACCAAAGUGCCAUAGUUCAAAUUGAUGGGCAACACUCAGAAGAAAUGAGGAUCUGUAGAGGAGUUAGACAGGGAUGUGUGUUAUCACCACUUUUGUUUAACUUAUAUUCUGAAAAAAUUUUCCAAAACACGCUCAAUAAUAUCGAAGCGGGAGUCACCGUUAAUGGAAAAUUAAUUAAUAAUUUAAGAUAUGCAGACGACACUGUGAUCAUAGCAACGAGUAUAGAGGAUCUACAACAUCUUAUCGAAAGCUUGAGUAUAAAUAGUGCUGAGAUGGGAAUUACUAUAAACGCUAAAAAAACGAAGUACAUGCUGAUUACAAAAAGGCCACAAAAUAUACAUCACCUAUUGAUAAUAAAUGGUAACGUGAUAGAACAAGUAGAAAAAUAUCAGUAUUUGGGAACUUUGAUCAAUGAAACCAAUGAUCAUACUGUAGAAAUAAACAGACGAAUAGAGAUUGCCAGAUCAGCAUUUAUACGAAUGAAGCCACUCCUAACGUGCAAAAAUCUAAAUUUGGAGAUCAGACUACGUACCAUUCGCUGUUAUAUAUUUUCAAUAUUAUUAUAUGGAGCUGAGACUUGGACAUUAAAAAAAUGUAAUUUAAAAAGAAUCGAGGCCUUCGAACUCUGGUUAUACCGCAGAUUAUUGAAAAUAUCAUGGACUGAUAGAAUUACAAAUAAAGAAGUACUGGAAAGGGUUGGUAAAGAAACAGAACUAAUCACCACUAUACAAACCAGAAAACUGGAAUACCUAGGCCACGUGAUGAGGGGACCAAAAUAUGAAAUUUUGAGACUGAUAAUACAGGGAAAGAUUCAAGGAAGAAGAUCUGUUGGCCGAAGGCAGAACUCAUGGUUAAAGAAUCUACGUGAUUGGUACCAAUGCAGAUCGUAUAGUUCUCCAGUUGGAUUUGAUACUUAUCCCAGUUUUCCUUACGAAAGUUCCCUCUAGGCAGAGGAAUUGAAUUUAUAAUGGGAUAGUUGUUAUUACUGGCCUAUGCUGCGAUUUUGGGAAAUUAUCAAGAACUUCUCUGGUGGCGUGAUUAUGGCAGUCGUCUUCGGUGGACAUACAUGUUAGAUCUGGGUUGUAGCCUUUUGCCAUUUAGCGAAAAAAAGGUGGCUUUUAUUUUACAUCUUGUAAAAGUCUAAGAUGUUUGAGCUCCGUCCAUUCAAUUACUUGUUAAUGUGCCUUCAGUAAGCUGUUGUUCCAUCGUUUUCGUGGCUAUCUUUACUACUCUAUUUGUUGUCAUUCGGCUUUUAGGAUCGUUCUAUCCUACUCUUCUAUUUCUUACCCAAUUCUUGAUGUUCUCCACCUUGCAUCUACGUCAUAUGUACUUCUAGUUCUGUCACAUAGAGUCUUACCAUCAAUUUUUCUAAGUGUUUCCAUAUCUGCUGUUUCUAACAUCCUUUUUGUCGUCUCUGUGUCAGGUCUUGUUUCUGUCUGUGCCGCGUAUGUCAUUAUUGGUCUGAUGACUGAUUUGUAAAUUCUGCCUUUCAUUUCUUUCCCGAUAUUUGUAUGUCUCCAUAUUUGUUUCUCCUUUCCGUAACUAGAUAAUGUUAUGCCUAAAUAUUUAAACUCCAACACUUGUUCUAUUAUCUAACCAUCCAGUUUCAAUUUACAUUUUAGUAAAUUUGCUGUUGUAACCAUGCGUUUUGUCUUUUUUGGAGGAAUUAACGUGUUAAAUUUUCGGGCUAUUAUAUUAAAUUGGUGCAGCAUACGUUGUAAAUCAUCUACACUUUGAAAGAGUAGUAUUGCGUCGUCUGCAUAGCAGAUUAUUUUAAGUUGUUUUUUGUCCCAUUUUGUAUCCUUUUUAGUUCUUUUUUUUUUAAUAUUUCAUCCAUAAUCAGGUUGAACAAUAGAGGGAAUCUCCAUGUCUUAUCUCAUUUCCAGCUUCAAUAGGGUCGGUUAGUUCUUCUACUUUUAAUAUUAUUGUGCUGUUUUGGUAGAUAUUUUAGAUCGUUUUGAUUAUUCCUAGAAGUAUCUCUCUUGCGUACAGUAAGUGAAUAACGUCUUUUAAUUUAACUGUCAAAUGCCUUCUUUAGGUCCAAAAAGUAUACCUGGGUCAAAUAAUGUUAAAUAGAAAUUAUAGAUUGAUUAACAAGUUUGUCGGUAUUAUACCCCCUAACGGUGAGUUGGGUCGAUGUUUCCGGAAAGGUCGUUCUUAGUUCUUAGUAGUUCUUAGAUUUUGAAGUUUUUAGUUCCAGUCUAUUGGUUAUCGCUGAUACCUAAAAUAUUAACGUGGAAUCAUUCAAUGUCGUCUAAUACAUUUUUCAGUUUUCCUGGAGUUUCUGGUAACUUCUUACUUUCCAUGUAGCAACUUACAUAGCUAACUCAGAUGUUUUUAGUACAUCUGAUCAUAUAACGUCUGUCGGGAACUAAGAGCUUUUGUAAAAGUUAUAUUAUUAAAUUUUUUUCCAAUCAUAAUUAUAAAUUUCCAAAAUGAACCAGCCCAGAAUGAUUUUCAUUACGCUUCAUUUGGGUAAUAGUAACAGCCACUGCUCUAUACAUUUAAGUGGGUGGAGGGCGUAUGCGUGCGUGCCCUUGUGUAUGUAUUAAUAAAGUAAACGUUUUGUUAUAAAAUUCAGUCUUUAUUGAAACAAUUGAAAGAGUGUAAACUAGCUUUACAACACACGAGACUACUUAUUGCAUUUAUUUUUAUGCUUUCUUCGGUCAAGGAAAAAAUAUUGUCCAAUUUUGUGAUUGUGAUGUGAUUUUAUUCCAAAUCGUAAAAAUUUAUUUUAAUUAUCAAUAACUUUUUUAAUAAGCACUUAAAAAGUACUUAUAUUAAUGUGUUAAUUAUUUUUAUUGAUAUUCUUGUUAAAAACAAAUAAUAUAAUGUUGAAUUGAGUAAUUUUACUAAUAAAAACCUUAGUAAAGU